UCCCAAAAAGAAAAGAAAAGAAAAGAAAAAGAAAGAAAGAUGUUUGAUAAUGUGCCCUCAGACCAAUUCCACCAAUUCAUAGCUUCAUCGAGACCCUCCCCCUCACCACUUCCCUUCCCCUUCCCUUUCCCCCUCCACGCCGCCGCUCCCCCGCCGCCAGCGUUCGCAUCCUACGAUGAUCCCUACCCGCCUCACCACCAAACCCUCCACCACCUUCUCUUGCCCCCGCCGUCCAAGAGGAAUGACGACGGGUCAGCGAAGGAAUUCCACCGGACGCCCUCCACCGGAUUGGCGUCCGAGCGGUUGACCGUGGGCCACGGGCCCGCGUGCCCGUGGUCGAACGACGAGGUGCUUGCUCUACUCAAGAUCAGAUCUAGCAUGGAGAUUUGGUUCCCAGAUUUCACUUGGGAACAUGUAUCAAGGAAGCUAGCAGAGGUUGGGUAUAAGAGAAGUGCAGAGAAAUGCAAGGAGAGGUUUGAAGAAGAGAGCAGAAACCUUAGCUUCAACAAGAGCUUGAGAUUCUUCACUGAGCUUGAUGAUGAUGGUGAUGCUGAGCUCUACCACCACCAACACCAAGACACUCAUCAUCAAAACCCUCAUUACAUUAACCUUUCUCAUCAUCAUCAUCAUCAUCAUCAUCAUCAUCACAAGAACCUCACUCAUGAUCAUGAUGAUGACGAUGAUUAUGAUCACGAGGAGGACCCGCUGAUCCCCGAACAACACGGCAAGGAAGAAGAUAACAAGAAUAAUAGGAGCCACUCUCGAAGCCCGGAAGAAGGCAAGGACGUCGUGGUUGAUCACCACAUGUCCAAUGCUAUUGAGAACGAAGAAGUACCGUUCAUGACAAGGAGGGAGAGCACGAAUGCCACUACUUCAAGCAAUGGCAAUACUAGUAAUAAUUACAACGAUGAUGGUCAUGAUGAUGAUCGCGAGGAGGAGGACGAGAGGACGAUGAAGAAGAAGAACAUGAAGAGGAAGGAGCGGUUCGAGAUGUUCAAGGGGAUGUGUGAGAGGAUUGUGGAGAGGAUAAUGGGGCAACAAGAGGAGCUACACAACAAGAUCAUUGAGGACAUGGUGAAGAUGGAGGAGGUGAAGAUGGCGAGGGACGAUGCCUGGAAGAGGGAAGAGAUGGAUAGGAUUAACAGGGAGAUUGAAAUCCGAGAGAAGGAGCAAGUCGUCGCCAGCGACAGGCACGCGAAGAUGAUAGAGUUCUUGAACAAGCUCUCCUCCUCUUCCUCCUCCUCAUCCUCGUCGUCCACCGCGCACUCCAUUUGCUUCAUAGGAAAAUUCCAGCACGACCUUAUCGACGCAAUGGCGAACGCGCCAAAUUCGUGUGAAAAAAAGGGUUUUUCCUCUCCCUCGCCAUUGAUACCCCUACCAUGCACAACCGUGACCGAUCACGAGGAUGACCGAACCAUGAAGGACUCGGGGCCCGCUCCAUCGUCCCCCGGACGAAAAAGGUCGCGACCGUCCAAUGUGAUGGCUCGGGAUGGAGAUGUGGGGAAGAGAUGGCCGAGGGAAGAGGUGUUGGCAUUGAUAAACUUGAGAAGUAGCGUAAACAAUAACAAUGGCGGUAGCAGCGAUGACAACAACAACAACAACAAUAGUGACCUUAAAGAUGGGGCAAAGGGCCCACUUUGGGAGAGGGUAUCCCAAGGGAUGCAAGAGUUGGGGUAUAGUAGAAGUGCCAAAAGGUGCAAGGAGAAAUGGGAAAACAUAAACAAAUACUUUAGGAAGACAAAAGAUAGCAAGAAGAAAAGACCUCUUGAUUCUAGGACUUGCCCUUAUUUCCACCAGUUGAGCACUUUGUACUGCAGCAGCGGCGGAGGAGGACGGGGAGGCGACCUUAGCGAGGCAUCGCCGGAAACCGCCUUAGAUGGUUAGCCGGAAAAUCCACCGGAGGUAGCUGCUAGCGGCGGCGGCGGGGGAAGCACUUUCUUAAGUCUCGUUUGUUUAUUUUUACUUGUUUCUUCUUUUUUUAAAAAAAUUUAAUUUAAGUUUUAGACUCAAAUUUUAAUUUUUGCAUAUUUGUAGCAGAGUUUUGUCUAUGAGGCAUUCUUUUUU